AUGGCCACCGAAACAUCAAACGCAGACAGUGAUCAUUCUACCCCGGAACCAUCAAGUGAGGAGGUAUACUCAGUCUUCUCAAAAUCAUCAAAAGCUUGGAUUGCUUUCCUCGUAGGCUUGUCGGGCUUUUUCUCACCACUCAGUGCAAACAUCUAUUUUCCAGCUAUCACACACAUCUCACAAGACCUCCACGUUUCACUUGAGCUCGUGAACCUGACUAUCACGGCCUACUUAAUAUGCCAGUGUAUCACACCGUCUAUUACGGGUGACCUGGCGGAUAUGGUUGGACGGCGACCUGUUUACUUGCUGGUUCUUUCGGUCUAUUUUGGUGCAAAUCUGGGACUGAGCAUACAGAAGACCUAUGUAGGACUGCUCGUAUUGCGAAUGAUACAAAGCAUGGGUGCUUCUGGGACAAUAGCCUUAUGUCUUAGUGUCAUACACGACAUAGCUGCGCCACAUGAGAGAGGCAAAUAUAUGGGAGCAGCGAUGACUGGACCGAAUGCAGCCCCAAGCAUUGGGCCUGUGCUUGGGGGUGUCUUAGUAGAGAAAGCAGGGUGGCAAUGGAUAUUCCGCUUCCUCGCGAUUCUCUCGGGACUCAACCUUGUUCUCAUGGCCAUAUCCUUCCCAGAGACUGGCCGCGCUAUGGUCGGAAACGGUUCUCUGCCUGCAAGUGGAAUCAACCGCAGCUUGCUUUCUUGCAUUCUGCCACAAUACCAGACGAGUGAAAUCACGACAACCGCUGGUCAGAAGCCGAAAUUACGAAUACCAAAUCCACUGAUCGCCCUUAAAAUACUGUUUAAGAAGGAUGUGGCACUGCUGAUGUAUGCAAAUGGUGUCUUUUACAUGAACUACCAAUGCUCUCAAUCCUCGCUUUCAUCAUUAUUUAUGACCACUUACGGUCUCAAUGCUCUUCAAGCUGGACUUUGCUAUCUACCAUGGCUCAGCAAUCUUUGCUCCUCUAUUGACAAGUCAGGCAUGGUCAUUGACCGAGACUACCGCAUCACUGCUGCAGCGGUCGGUUUCACCAUAAACAAGAAGAAAGGGGAUGACCUCAGCAGCUUCCCCAUCGAGAAGGCAAGGUUGAGGAGUAUUUGGUACUUCAUGGGGCUCCUGAUCAUGUGCACUGUGGGCUAUGGUUGGUCCAUCCAAGCUAAAACAAAUAUGGCUGUUCCUUUGGUGCUUCAGUUCCUGAGUGGAAUAGGUGUCACCGGUACGUUCAAUCUACGGCGAGUGCCACCAUAA